AAUAACAGCACCAUGCCUGAGCCAGCCAAGACCGCCCCCAAGAAGGGCUCGAAGAAAGCCGUGACCAAGACCGCCGGCAAAGGAGGCAAGAAGCGCAGAAAGUCCAGGAAGGAGAGCUACGCCAUCUACGUGUACAAAGUCCUGAAGCAGGUUCACCCCGACACCGGCAUUUCGUCCAAGGCGAUGGGAAUUAUGAAUUCGUUCGUUAACGACAUCUUCGAGCGUAUUGCGGGUGAGUCCUCUCGUCUGGCUCACUACAACAAACGCUCCACCAUCACUUCCAGGGAGAUCCAGACCGCCGUGCGCCUGUUACUGCCCGGUGAGUUGGCCAAGCACGCCGUGUCCGAGGGCACCAAGGCCGUGACUAAAUACACCAGCUCCAAGUAAAGCGCGUCACCGCCGCCUUCAUCAACACAACGGCUCUUUUAAGAGCCACCCAUGUUGUCCGUCAAAGAGUGAUUUCCUGCCGUGUAGGUUUGUGCUUUAAAGUAAUUGUCUAGAAACCACUCAUAAAUCAAAUAUAAAUUUUAAACUGCUAUGUUCUAGAUCAAGACAGUUUCUAGCAGUAUACUAGUGAUAGGGAGGUUCGAAUCAUUUUAGUGACUCGGUUCUUUGAAUCUUGUUCAUCAAAAUGAACGAAUCUUUUUGAGUCAUUUCGUUCUUUUGAUCAGAAAAAAUAUAUAAAAUGUUAAAUUUUCAAUAAACAGACACCGAACACGACUUCAUACACACAAUUUUGCUAUAGUCUCAGUAAUUAAAAUAUUACAAUGCAGUUAAAGACGUAUGAUAAACAGAAUAAGCAGCUCACCUGUCAUAUCUUCCGAACCGUUCGUUCUUUUGUCACAUGACUCCCAUAGACUCUAUGCAGUGAAAUAGAUCAGAUUUUGUCCGAAUAUUGAUAUUAUUGUUUA